AACCAACUCCCUCACUCAACUCAAACUCAACUCGAACUCACUCCCUCGUCACUUAUCCCAUUUUUAGUUCUUUUGACUGGGGACAAGCGGUCCGCCGCAAACCCCGCUCCCCUACCCCCGGGAACAGCUUGUCCUUACGCCUCCGUUUGCGGCGGCGCCACCUCCAGCAACACCCCCUCCACGGUCGUGGAAAAAGUCUCCACCACCACCCCCUCCUCCCCUCGCCCUCCUCCACUUGUCACCACCACCAACUCCCCUCUUCCCCCAGCACAACCUCGUUUCUCUCCAUCGUUUCUCGUUCCCUCUCUCUCUGUCCACACAACCACAACUAAAAACUAGGACUGGCGUUGCUUCACCAUACAACCUCACAACCACUUUCACUAUACAAAGAACAAACUCCAACCCAUCUUUUCCUUUGUCUCAAUCUUAACCACAGAAAAAAGCCCUCCCUUUCCAUCUCUUUCCAGCACACACCUCCAUCCUCAUCCUCGUCAUCUUCUUCAUCAUCACCCUUCUUCUGCUCUUAGGUUUCGCUUCUUCUUUUCUUCUUCUCCUUCGCCUCCUUUUUCUUUUUGGUUUGCAUCUUUACUUAGGAUUGAUCGGGUUCUCCUGAUGGCAUUGAUUGUCGACCAACAACUGAAUUUCAAGCACUUUUGCAAGAUCUGCAAGAAGGGUUUCAUGUGCGGAAGGGCCCUCGGAGGGCACAUGAGGGCCCACGGGAUCGGCGACGAGGGCGGGCACACAGACGACGAGGACCCCGGGAGCAACUGGGAGGACAAGAACAUCGGGGACAACGUGCCUCCCAGCAGCAAGCGCAUGUAUGGGCUGCGGGCCAACCCUAAUCGGCUCAAGAGCUGCCGGGCGUGCGAGAACUGCGGUAAGGAGUUCUCCUCUUGGAAGUCGUUCCUUGAGCACGGUAAGUGCGGGGCGGGCUCAGAGGAUGUCGGCGACUCGUACUCGUCAUCCCCAGAAUCCGAGGACGAGGAGGAUGGCGUCUCAAGGAGGCGGGGGUGCAAGUGGUCUAAAAGAAAAAGGUCCUUGAGAGUGAAGGUUGAUAAUGCUAAUUCCAAUUGCCCGUCAAGUGAAGAGGAAGACCUAGCAAAUUGCCUAAUGAUGUUGUCUAAUGGCAUGGUGGAUCCAUCUUCGGCAGAGCCAGAGGAGUCGUGUGCAUCGGCGAGCAAGGACGAGGAGCGCCGGAGGCCGAUAAGUUUCAUUGCUCCUCUCGCCUUCAGAUCACCACCCACCACGGACAAGGCCAAAGGGGUGAUCCCCAAUAAAGGCCAGGGCCUUUUUGAGUGCAAAGCAUGCAAGAAAGUGUUUAAUUCCCACCAAGCAUUGGGAGGCCAUAGAGCAAGCCACAAGAAGGUCAAGGGGUGCUUCGCCGCGAGGGUCGACCACGCGUACGACUGGGUACCCGACGAGGACGCCAUCACACAAGACGAGUUCUUCAUGACGAAGUCCAUGGCAUCGAAUUCGCCAUUCGACCAUGGCCUCAGCUCCUCGCUGCCGUCCACCUCAAAGAGGAAGUCGAAGGUGCACGAGUGCUCGAUAUGUCACCGGGUCUUCUCUUCGGGCCAGGCGCUGGGUGGGCACAAGAGAUGCCACUGGAUAACGUCGAACCCCGCAGACGCACCGGCGCUCGCGAAGUUGCAACACCUGCAUGAACAGAUGGAGCAAAUCCAGCAGAUGCCCGGCAAGUUCAUCGACCCUGACGACCCACUCAACCUGAAACUCGACCUGAACCUCCCGGCACCAUCUGAUGACCUCCGGCGCGACCCGAUGCACAGCCCCACCACCCGGUUCGCUCGAGUGUCCGCAGAGAUGUACUUGCAGUCAUGGCUGGGGCUGCAUCCUAAAGAGAGCGAACAUAAUAAUCAGCACAUGGAAGAGAAUGACUUCAACAGCAACAAGAAUGAUAAUGAAAAGAAUAAUAACAUGGACAAUAAUUACAAUGAUGAUAGUAACAUCGCAACAACUCACAGUGCAGUCGACGAUGAAGCAGAGAGUAAGGUGAAGCUUGCAAAGUUGAGCGAACUCAAGGAUGUGAACAUGAGUGGAGGGUCUUCUUCAUGGUUGCAGGUGGGGAUUGGUUCAACAACUGCCGAAGAAGCAACAAAGUGAGGAUUCUUUUUUUUUUCUUUAGCCCUCCAUUUAUUUAUGAUCUUGAUUUCUUACCCUCCAUUUUUUUUUUAUGUAAGUAAGAGAAGUUCAAAUUUACAAGUACGCGAGUUGACCAUUUGUUUUAAGUUAUUUUUUUAAUUCUUCCCCGAUGUAAAUUAACGGGAACAUAAUUGUGUUCAUAAUAGAAAGAGGUUUGGUCAA